AUGUCCACGACAGGACGAGCGGCAUCUGCUCCUUCAAAGCCUCGCAUACGUCCUAUUGAACAACUACCGUGGUACCAUCAGCUUGUGGUGAACUGGCUUAUCACGGAUCCCAAUCAGUUCAGCAAGCAAGCGCAUAAAAGCAUAACCAAGAACUACCAGGUGCAGAAUUACAAAGGUAGUCGGUACCUCUUUAUAUUUGGCGGUAGAUGGCGUACUCUCAAGUCUAAACCCAUCCAUGUGGCGGCAACUAUCAUAUUACUUGUUCCUGCGAUUGUCUUUUGGGCAACAGAAGCCAGAUGGUGGUGGACAAGAUACAGUCCAUCAGUAGUGAUACUAUUUACAUAUGUAUGGGGGUUGUGUUUCAAUUUCUUUAUCAAUUCUGCGGUUUCUGAUCCUGGCAUAGUGCCUAGGAAUAUUCAUAUCCCCGGUGAUUUGGGUGGAGGUCUUACCGAAGAUGAUUCUUUCACUAAGGUGAUCCACCCGCCGAUGGAAUACUUUAAUGUCAUUACACUUCCUCAUAAAGGGGACGCUGUUAAGGGUGUUAUUACGACAUGGCGAACAUUAUCGCUGUUGGGUUUUGCAACGAUCACUCCACUUGACGUGGUGCUCCAAACGUUUGGCUCUCAAACUUGGGGAAUCAAGAUUUUUGUGGUGAUUGCUGAUUAUAUUGUGUUCUUUAUCCUUUUAUUGGUGAUAUACUUUCUGCGGAUGUACAAGUCACGAGCUGCUCUUCGGGACAUAACUUCCAGUUCGGCUUACAUGCCGUUUGAAGGUGAUUUCCCGACCGAAGUGUUCCAGGCCAUUGACACCAAGUUAUCUCAAUGUGUUGGAGAGAUCAGAGUUAAGGCGGGCCCACUCUAUAAUGAAAAGGAGAUAAUUAAUCAUCCAGGACUCUCGCCGCCAGCUUAUGUACAGAAGAGAAACGAAAGACUAUUUAAAGAUACAACAACCUCCGGUAGGUUGCUUCCACCAGAUGCUUGCUAUGAGGACAUUAUCAAAUCGUUGGGUGACAAGUUGAUGAUCGAUCAAAAGUUUUUGAAUUCAGUGGAGUUCCCCCCGUCUUUCACCAUUAGAGAAUUGAUGAUGUUUUUGGUUAGGACGUUCCGAGUUGAGGAGCAAGGCGUUGAUGGUGAUAAGAUUGUUGAGUUGUAUGAGAAGUUUCGGUUUGGACCAGAUUUGAUAAAAGAGGAAGAAAUGUUUGAAUUCAUUGUGCUAUUUGAUAAGUUGGGCCAAGCAGUUCAUGCAAAUCAGAAUGGAUUUCUUGAUGGAACUCCCCAAGACCAGAAUGAAAUAUUAGGAGUCUCAUUAAGAGGUAUGCCUUUUGCUAGUGGGAGAAGACGAAGUGCGUAUGGUCUGGACUGGGCUUCUGUUUUCGAUGAAUACGAUACUGCAAGUGCGUUAGAAGGUAUGCCUGAAGUAUCCAGAGAGAUGACCAGAGGUACCUUAAGAUCUGUUUGGCGUACGUCAUAUGUUGAUCUGAACGAAAUGAAUAGAAGACGCCCUACUCGAAAAUCCAGUGAUGAUUCAAUCGCAACACAACCUAAAGAUCGCCUACAGGUUAGACCACAUCCUAGUUUUACAAGUGCUAGUUUAUCGAGUUCAUUAGUGAGAAAUCGUUUGAGCUUAUCAGAGAGCAGAACCUCGCUCAAACAAAGAUCCAUUCAGCAAGAAAGUGAAUCUGAUGACGAGUUUGGAGUUUACGACUUCAGAAGAAAGUCCAUUGGCGAAGAACCAAGAGCCAUAGAAAGAACACCGCCACCACCAUCAAAUGAAGAUAAUCUUUCAACAUCCAGUUCUAUUGUUUAA